AUGGCUGCUCUCUGGUUGUGGCUCUUGGCGGCAGCCCUGGCGGGGACUGGCGCUGCCCCAGAAAGCUGGUCUGCCAUUGGGGUGUCCAACGGGGGUCCCUGGGGGCCCUGGGCCUGGCAGGAAAUGUGCCCCCGAGGGACCUAUGCCACGGGAUUCAGCCUCAAGGUGGAGCCUUAUCAAGGGAAGACGAAAGACGACACGGCCCUGAACGGCGUCCGGCUGCACUGCACGGAUGGCAGCCACGGUGGGAAGCCUGAGGCCAAAACGGUGGAGUCCCAGAGCAACGUGUGGGGCCACUGGAAUGACCCCCUCCGGUGCACCCCGGGCAGCUACCUGACCGGCUUCUCUCUGCGGGUGGAGCGUGUCCGGCGUGGCGUCAGCGACUACAUGGGCGCCACCAAUCUCCGCUUUCUCUGCUCAGAUGGGAGGGUCCUGGAGGGGCAAGGCCUGCCCUGGGGGGAGUACGGAGCCUGGAGCCCCUCCUGCCGCAAGGGCCUGUGUGGGAUCCAGACCAAGCAGGAGGCCAUCCGGGGCGUCCUGAUGGAUGACUCUGCCCUCAACGACGUCCGGUUCUUCUGCUGCGCCGAGUGA